UUUUCUCGAUCGGAGGUUUGAAAAUUCAUUUAAAAUCAUUUAUUUAUUUAAUAUCGUUAUUUUGUUAUUUUAUUUAAAAAUUUAUUCGGAAUUUUAGUGCGUUGUUUUAUAAUAGAAAGUUUUAUUUUACUCAAAUUUUUGUCAUACUGUUUUGCCUGUGUUUCAGUUUUGUAGUGCAAUGGUGCUCUGGCCUGUUUGAGUUUUUAUUUGAGUCCUUGAGAAGAUCAUGUUCUUGAAAAUUAAGGCUUAACACUUUUCCAAGCCAACCAGCUGUACUAGACGAGACGAUUCUAGACUUACUAGACAAGACGAUUCUAGACUUACUAGACGAGACGAUUUUAGACUUACUAGACGAGACGAAUCACAGUGAAAAAGAAACAGAGAGGGAAAAAAAAUCAGUAAAAAGUAUUAGUCAAAAUUUCCAAAAUGGGAAGAAAAGUUGUCUUAGCGACCUGCUCACUGAACCAGUGGGCCAUGGAUUUUGACAACAACCUCAAAAACAUUUUGAAAAGCAUAGAAUUGGCUAAAAUGAAGGGUGCUAAAUAUAGAUUGGGACCUGAGCUAGAGAUAACUGGCUAUGGUUGCGGCGACCACUUCCUUGAAGGCGACACACUUCUACAUUCAUUCCAAGUGCUGGCCCAGCUCCUGGGAUCACCCAUCUGCACUGGUGUUAUGUGUGAUGUUGGCAUGCCUAUAAUGCAUAAGAAUGUCUCCUACAACUGCAGAGUCAUCUUUCUGAACAAAAAAAUACUACUAAUCCGGCCGAAAAUGAUGAUGGCAGAUGGCUACAUAUAUCGAGAGAGUAGGUAUUUCACGGCCUGGACUAAAGAAAAGACCGUCGAAGAUUUCUAUUUGCCUCGAAUUAUUCAACGUAUAACUGGCCAGAGAACAGUUCCAUUUGGAGAUGGCGUGAUAUCGACGCUGGAUACGUGCAUUGCAAGUGAGAUUUGUGAAGAAAUGUGGAACGCCGCUAGCCGCAACAUCCAGUUAGGUAUGGACGGUGUGGAGAUAAUAACGAACGCAAGCGGAAGUCAUCACGAACUGAGGAAGGCCUAUGUCCGAGUUGACAUCAUCAAGUCGACCACCCUGAAGGCAGGGGGCAUAUACAUGUUCUCCAAUCAGUUCGGUUGUGAUGGCGAGAGAGUUUAUUACGAUGGCUGUUCCACCAUUGCCUGCAAUGGUGAUAUAUUAGCUCAAGGAAAGCAAUUCAUCAUCGGCGAUGUCGAUGUUGUAACAGCGGUUGUUGAUCUGGAAGAUGUUAGACACUACAGGAAUUCCCUAAGGAGCAGAUGCAUUUUGGCAGCUGCAAGCUCGCCCUUUCCGCGAGUAAAUGUGGACUUCGAACUGACAUCUGGCGAUCCUUACCUGGAAUGUUCGCCAGUUUUGGAAUGGAAGUACCAUACACCUGAGGAGGAAAUUAGCUUAGGACCAGCAUGUUGGUUGUGGGACUACCUGCGUAGAAGUGGUGCAAGCGGCUACUUCCUACCACUGAGUGGUGGUCUCGACAGUUCGAGUGUGGCCUGCAUCGCCUACUCCAUGUGCACGCUGCUCUGCCACACCGUCAACUCUCUUAAAAACGCAGAAGCACUCAGUGAUAUUCGGCGAAUAACUCGCGACCCGACUUACGAGCCGAAAAGCCCGCGAGAGUUAUGCGGCAAACUGCUAACGACUUGCUACAUGGCCACAAGUAACAGCUCCCAAGUUACCAGAGAUCUUGCCAAGAAACUGGCUGAUGAGAUUGGAAGCUACCACCUGAAUAUAAACUUCGACGGCGCUGUCUCAAGCGUCAUCAACAUCUUCUCACUGACCUUCAACCUUAUGCCAAAGUUCAAAGUUUACGGAGGGUCACACGUGGAAAAUUUGGCCUUGCAAAAUGUCCAGGCGCGAUUGAGAAUGGUACUCGCUUAUUUAUUCGCCCAACUUUCCCUUUGGGGCCGUGGUCAGUCAGGCGGUUUGUUGGUUCUGGGGUCCGCCAAUGUUGAUGAAAGUUUACGUGGUUACAUGACGAAGUACGAUUGCUCCAGUGCAGACAUCAAUCCCAUCGGAGGCAUCAGCAAGACGGAUCUCAGGAAGUUGAUCCUCUUCUCUAUCGAACGAUUUCAACUCCAAUCGCUUAAAGACAUCUACAUGGCACCGCCUACUGCAGAAUUGGAACCCCUCAUUGAAGGAAAAGUCGCCCAGUUGGAUGAAGAUGACAUGGGCAUGACCUACGAUGAGUUAUCCUUAUACGGCAGACUUAGAAGCGUAUACAGGUGUGGCCCGUUCAGUAUGUACGCCAAGUUACUAUCGCAUUGGAAGGAUAGGCAUACACCGGAAGAGAUAGCGAAAAAAGUGAAGUUCUUCUUCCAGUCUUAUUCAGCCAACCGACACAAGAUGACGACCCUGACACCAGCAUAUCAUGCUGAAUUAUAUAGUCCUGAUGAUAAUAGAUUUGACCAUAGGCAGUUCUUAUACAACACUCAGUGGCCUUGGCAAUUUCGCUUCAUAGACGAACAGGUGAAAUAUGUUAGUUCAAAGAACUCUGCUCCAACUUCUGAUGUGGAUUAACCAAACCUAUAUAUAUAUAUAUAUAUAUAUAUAUAUAUAUAUAUAUAUAUAUAUAUAUAUAUAUAUAUACUUUACUGAAUAAUAAAUAGCAUCAUGGAUGUACAUGGUACUGGGUAAACUUUCGCUAUCUCAGUUUACUUUUCGUUCACGGGCGAUAUUUUUAUGACCGAAAUGUACGGUGGUAAAAUUGAAUUUAAAAAUAAUAAACAAACUUUGAUUUGAAUAAACGUGUUUUAUUUUAUAAAAAUUAUCAUUUUAUUUAUUUUUUGUGCGUCAAAAAUAGCCAUUGAUGAAAUACUGUAACUUACUAAACUGAGUUAGCGAGUCACUAACUGGAUAAAAAAAACAACAAAACAAAAAUCGUUAACUAAAUAAUUCAUUCUAAUUAAACAAAAUUUAAAAUGCCGCCCCGACAUCGUGGUCGAGGAUCAGUAAAUCGCUACUGGACUUGGAACCUUGAAAACAACCAACCCAACAUUGAUCAGCUACGCAAUGCGCCAGAUUCUGAUCUUCCUCUGGUUCAUCGACGACGGACAAGGCGACCUAACAGCUAUCAGUAUCCACAACAAACAGAAAGGGAUAAUAAUAAUAACCCCCAGCAACGACAUAGGGGUUUUAAUAAUCCCCAGCAACAUGAUUAUUUCACUAGAAGACACACUAACUCUAGCUCAAAUAAUCGCAACAAUAAUAAUAAUAAUAAUUAUCAUUAUUAUAACAAUACUGUUGACCAAGACUCAGUAAUAUGGCUUAACGAUCUACAACCAGAGCAAUAUGACAAUGAUGACGACGAAAGUUCGUUUUCAGAUUUUAGCAGCAGUGAUUAUGUCUAUAGCGAUAGUGAAACAGAUGAUGACGUCACAGAAAUCAAUAUAAACAUUGAUAAUCAUAAUAAUAACAAUAACAACAAUAAUGCCUCGAAUGAUCACAACCCAAAUAACAUCAAUAAUAAUAAUAAUAAUGAUGAUGAUGAAGAUGAUGUUAUUGUUAUGGAUGUCAGUAUUGGUGACAACAACAAUGCCAACAGCAAUGAUAUUGAGAUGAAUUCUCAAAGUACAACAACAACAACGAUGAUGAUAUCAACUACUGGUAACGUCAACACCAACGACACAUCAAAUCUUCUAACUAUAGAUCCCUCAACAAAUAAUGAUAGCGAACAACAACAACAACAACAGCAGGCCAGGCAGAUACAUCGAUGAAUGAUUUCAAAACGCCAGCAAAAUUAAACAAUAAUAAUAACAACAUUAAUAAUAAUAAUAGCAAUGAUAAAAAGAAGAAAUUUGAAGGGAGCAGUGAAAGAAAGAAGAGGAGUAUACUGGAUGACAGCAUUGAUGACAGCGAUUCUUGUCCGAUCUGUUUUGAGCCGUGGACCAACAGUGGACUUCACAGGCUGGUUUCUCUUAAGUGCGGUCAUCUCUUUGGUCAGAACUGUAUAGAGAAAUGGCUGCCCAGCAAUGCGAAAGGCAAAUGUCCUAACUGCAACUCGAAAGCUCACUCCAGAGACAUCAGAGUCAUAUUCGCCAAGAGAUUAAAGGCCCUAGACACAAGUGAGAGGGAUCGUCUGAUCACUGAGUUGAAUGAAGAGAGGAGGUCCAAGCAAGUUUUAGAACUGAACACGGCGCGUAGUAAGAUGCAGAUGCAGCAUGCCCUUGACGAGUGCCAGAGGUUGAGAGAGGAGAAUGAAAAGUUGAAAACCACAGUUCAAAUGAACCAGGUUCAGAUCAUGAUGAUGAUGUCGAACAAGUCAUCAUCGUCGUCAUCUUCAAUAGCCGGACAAACGUCAUCAUCAUUAGUAGCAUCGUCAUCAUCAUCGUUGUCAUCAUCAUCUCAGAUGUUACAUCAUGCCAAAUCUCAAAGUUGUUUCGUGUUUGAGAGAUCUAUAAAAUGUGAUCCUGGCUCUUGCAGGGUGAUGACUUAUCACAGUCAGACGUCGACUCUCUUCAUAUCCCAGCAGAGUCCCAAUCCUUUGUUUCCUGGGUUUGGGAUUAAAAAGCUAAGAACAUUAGAUCUAAAGAGCCACGAAUACGUACCGAUCCACAACAAACUGAUCAGAGAUCUGGCAUUCAGUAGCGACAGCAGCAGCAGCAACGAGUCCACCAGCAAAAAUGAAGCCAGCGGCUGUGAAGCGAGCAGUGGCUGUGGAAACAGCCAGAAGUUUCUACUGCUCACUGCUUCGAUGGAUAAGAGUUUAAAGAUUACAAAUGUCCACAGUAAUCAAGUCGUUCAAAGCUAUGAGUGCCUUAGUCCAGUUUGGUCGUGUUGCUGGCACGCAGAGAAGCCAAAUUACUUUUUUGCCGGCCUGCAGAAUGGCAACGUACUCAUGUUCGAUACGCGAUUCAACAAUCAAUAUGUGUCCAGUUUAACAUCCGCUGAAAACUCAAAGUCUGUUGUAUCACUGCAUUACCUGCCGAAAUUAUUCGGGAAUCGAUAUAGACCUGGCGGCCUGAUAGCAGGCCAAUUAGACAAUAGUAUAUUCUUUGAAUGUAGGGAUACGACAUUUACGCCAUCUUACCUGCCAUUUGAAGGUUUAUUAUCGAGCUUAUCAGUAGAGAAUGCAACUGGUCACGUGCUAGCUUCAUUUAGGCCGAAUUCUCAGUACCAAUUCUGUCGUCAUCAACUAUACAGCCUCUCAUUCAGUCCAUCCACGACGACGGCAGCAACAGCAACAAGCAGUGACACCCAGCAGCAGCAGCUCUUCACGUCGACAGUGCACUGCAACAACAUUCAGACAUUUCAUGGCAGUCCGUCGCAGAAGAGGUUGCUAAGGAGUCGUCUCAUGCUACACCCUGAUCAUGGAUUGGAGAUGUUGCUCAUCUGUGCCGGGAAUGAGUCUAAUAAAUCGGUUGAAAUCUGGAACAGCAGCAACGGUCUGAAGCAGCAGAGCAUUCCAGCAACCAGCGAUGACGUCAUCGACAUUUGUCCCGUGACGGAUGACAUAAGCAACAAGCCCUACAUGCUUGCCGUACUCAACGACAAAGAAGUCAACGUCUAUAAAUGGGGCUGAGGAAAAUGAUGACGACGACGACGAUGAUGAUGAUAAUAAUAAUGACUAUACUUUUUUUUGACUAUGAUUAAGUUGUUCUUUAAAGUAAAUUAUAAUUAUGGCAACUAUUUCAUCAUUAUAAAUCUAUCUGCUAACUGUACCAAUGACAAUUUGUGUACAAACAAGACUGUUUACAUCGUGUGUGUUGUGUGUGUGUGUCUGUGUCUGUGUGUGUGUCUGUAUGCGUAUAUUCCUAUAGUUGCAUGUAUCUCGUAGCAAUAUAUAUAUGUAUAUGGUUUCUACAUAAAAAUACGUCUUUUAAUCGCGUCCAUAUGUCGUUAUGUGUACUUCCAGUAUGACUAACUGACACCCAACAAGUGAAUGUAACACUCGACUGUCUCUUUGUAUACUUAUUUUGGAUUCAAUUAGUACUGCCUUUUAUUAUUUUUUUAGCGAGUUGUUUUUAUUAUUGUUGUUCCUGGAUAUCUACGUAUAGUUUGGCAAUCCUGCGUUACUAUUACUAUUAUUAUUAUUAUUGUUAUUAUUAUUAUUAUUGAAUUAGGUAGUAUAGAAGUAAAUCUUAACACACACACGUGUAUGUGUGUGUCUUUUUAUAGCUUUUUUAAAAUAAAGAUUUUAUAAAAAAAAUAAUAAGAUUGAUAAUAAUUGAUCUAUUAUAAUAAUAAGUAAAUGUAUAAACAUACAAAUUUGCGUACAUACAAACAUGCAUACAUACACAUACAUACAUACACACACGUACAUACAAACAUAUAUACAGUACAUACAAACAUAAGCAAAUUAGUAACGCUUUCACCCCGAUAUAUGCACUAGCAGGCUAAAAUUUGAUAAUUUUAUCGGUAGCGUGUUUUUAAUUAACUAGCAGGGUUUUGUAAUAACAAAUUUUAUAUGUGUAUGUAUAUAAAUACUCAUAGUUUGUCUGAAAAAGACGUAUUUAUUUAUUUUUAUAAUUAUUUAUGUUGAUAGUGGUUUAUUUUUGAAAUGUUUCUUGAAAGUUCCGUAGUAAACUAGAUGUAAAUAUUGAAAAGUUUUCAAUUAUCAUGAGAAAAUCGUGAACAAAUUCGUGAAAUUUAAUUACUUAAUUGUAAAUAGAUGAUUCUGUAACUAAAAAAUAAAUUCCAUUGUCGACAACUCGAAAAGUAUCGACAAUUUUAAGACCGAAACUAACGUAACAUUAACAAAACUCUGCUUUCUAAUCAGUAUAUCCGUCCACUAUCCAAAAUUGGUGAUAUAGCGCAAAGUCAGACGGACCAAAUAUGAACGCGAAAAUAAAAAGCAAAUCCCUUUCAACCUCAUCAACUAUAACGAUUCCUGUAACGGUAACCUCAAAAUCACCAACAAAAGCUUCAACAGCAGUGUCCAAACCAACAACAGCAGCAACAAAAUCAGCAACAUUAACACGGUCAGCUGUUAGAAACAGCAUUCGGAGUAAGCGUUCGAGUAGACAAGACCCUCUGGACUGCCUCAGGCACUGUCUGCACCUCGAUUCCAACGCCAAAUCAAAUAAAAGUAGGUCAAAAAUUAAUGGGGUGGGGUCAAGAGGUCAAAUUCAUUCGGUCGGAGAUAGUUUAAUGAAUGGAACGUCGAAAGCAGGGAAUUCUUCUGCGAUGAAUUGUGAGAUGAGCAAGUACGAUGCACUGGUCGGUCCGUUUGAGGUUAGCGAGUUUAGAUCUGCUCUUGCUUGAUGAAUAAUUUUAUAUUGAGUUGAGUGGAUGGCAGUAUUUCGCAAAAAAAAUUAAAUUUCAGAAGAAAGAAUGGUUGUUUUAGUGAAAGAAUAUCCCGUUGGUUCAUGCAUUAAUAAUAUUUCAGUAAUGUUUGUUAAUUCGUUAAUUCGAUAGCGGGCCAAAGAACGGAGAGCAGCCUCUGAAGCUAAACUAGCACACACGCUCAACUGGUUAGAACAGUUGUCGGCUAACAAUGACGUCACUGGAAGUUGUCGCCUAAGCAACUGUCGCCGCAACAAUCUAGCUAGAAGAACGACAACUAGAAGUAGCCUGCGAAGUAACUGUCGCGGCCACAAACGGUCUUUCAUUCGUGGGGAGAAAGAUUUAAAAAAAUUGAACAAGGCGUGCGAUUUGAUUACGGUCGAGAAUAAAAAAACAGAUGACGGUGAUGAUUAUGAAGACGACGACGAUGAUGAUGGAGAGGGUGAAGACUUCUCCAAAUCUUCCAACAACGACACUUACGAUGAAGAUGACCCCUGGGUUUCCCCGAGCUGCAACAACAACAACAACAUUCCUUCCUCAGUUAAUUGCAACAACAACAAAAGACCGACAACAGCGUACGUCCAUAACAUCAAAUCAAACAUCAACGAAAAAGCUUCACGUAAAUAUUUAGAAACUCUUGUUGCGAGACAAGAAAUUGAGGCAGACUCACACCGCAAUAAACAUCUCAGCAUGGUGGAAAACUACAAAAUACGCAACCACCAGAGCAACAACAGUGCAACCAAUAAAAACAAAACAUCGACUGUAAAUUUUGGCAAAUUUGUUGAAAAUGUUCAAAAAACAACCGGCAACAUGUUUCACAACAGCACCGCGACAAAAUACGACGACAGCUCGUUGAGUAGCGUCGUUGAACACCUCCGCAUAACAUUCAACCUCGACCAGUGGGAGGAUAAUAAGAAACAAAACAUAAUACCGACCAAACCGACCAAAAAACCGAUCAGGAAAUUCGAAUGUCGUAAUGCCGAUGCAAGUAUGAAAGUUUGUUUCGGUAAACCGAGUCGGUUUUACGAUUACGGCGAGGUUCUAAUCGAAAUCGUCAUCGUUACCGUCGUCUACUCUGACGAUUACAACGAUCAGCCAGCAAACUUGGGUAUAACCGUAGUAGGCCAGACGACGAAACUCUAUGACAAUUGCAUCGAAACAACGACAACAUUAGCAACAGUGUCGCCACAAAUAACCUCAACAACAAUACCAACAACAACAACUACUACGCCAACACUAACAAAAGAUUCUGGAAUUUACAUAGGAGUAAUUAAGCAUGGGGGCAAAGCGGAGCAAUACAACGUAUUCAGCAAAGGCGACCGCCUGCUACAAGUCGACGAAGAUGAUUUGGAAACGCUUUCCAAUGAAGAAGCUCUCGAAGUUUUCAGGAAAAAAUUGGCUCAUUUGAAAGACGAGAAUUCUCCAAAAAUGAUCCGCAUAUUGCUGGGCCGCUAUUAUAUCAACCAAAGUAAACAACAUCAGAUGCAGCUACUUGUGCAAGGCAGAGAUUUCAUCAACAACUACCUCAACAACAACAACAACAACAGUAACAACAAUUACAAUAAUAAUAACAAUAAUAAUAAUAACCAUAAUAAUACUAUUAGUAGUUCAAACUGCAACACGUAUAGCACGAGUAAUGGAAACAGCGCUGUUUUUAAUUUAACUCUUAAUAAUUCCAAGCAUGCAAAAACCCACAACAACAACGACAACAACAAUAAUAAUAAUAAUAAUAACAAUAAUAAUAGCAGCAAUAACAUUAACUAUCGCCAUGUUAAC